AUGGACAAAUUCAAAACCUCACUUUCAAAAGCAACGAGAAGUAAAGACUGCAAUCCUCCCAAAGCCAAGCAUCUAUCAGCACUACUCUAUGCCAUUGAAGGCAAUUCCAAUCUGCAAAUCGAAAAAACCUUUCCUCUUAUCGUGCAUAGGCUCCGUGAUAGUUGCACACAAAUUAGAUUCAAGACAAUGAUGAUUUUAUUCCACUUCAUCAAAAGAUGUGAAAGGAAAAAUGUUUUUUCAAGUAUUGCAGACUUAAACUUGCAGCUGAACUUUUUCUGUGACGAUAAUUAUCCGAGGGCGCAUUGCUGCCCUAUCAUUCAUCCGCUUUUUUCAUUUUUGAAGCUCAGAGCUAAAGCAAAUUUGCAAUAUGAAGAAAUUCUUACACUUUUUUUACUAACUCCCCCCCCCCCCUCCGUGAGCGAACAAAAAAAUUUUGUUCGUUCACGGAGGGGGGUUAAUUUUUUUUUUUUUUUUAAAAAAAAAUUUAUAUAUAAAUUUUAUAAAAAAUAUUUUUUUCGAAAUUUAAAAAAAUCCUAAUUUGCAAAAAUUGGGAAGCAAAUAUUAAUUUAAUUUGCAAAAAUUUAUGUUUUAAAAAACGCAAUUUGUUUAAAAUUAAACAGAAUUAGCUCUAGAUUUCAUUAUACUAAUUAUCAUUUAUAUAUCAAAAUUUUUUUCCAUUAAAAUUUUUUCUAUUAAAAAAAUUUUUGUUCACACUCACGGAGGGUGGGUUUUUGGUCAAAAAAUGGCGAUUUUUCUAAUGGUUUUGUUCGCUCACGGAGGGGGGGGGGGAGUAAAUAAAUUAUUAUAUAUAAAGUUUUGUUAUCUUUUUUUUAUUUAAAUUAGCUACUAAUGAAGCUAAUUAUAUAGAAUUUGUGUAAUAAAUGCAUAAAAAUUGGAGAAGCGAAAGGCUUCUCACAAUUAUCCAAGAAUUCCGAGAUGAUGAGCUUAUAGAAAUUACGAGAUUAUUUGUAGAACAAUUAUCAGAAUUUUUAUCAAUAAAAGACCCAUUAUGCAAAGCGCUUGAAUAUAAAUCUGUCCUCACCUGUGUAAUUGAAUUAGCCAAAUGGCUAAUGUGUGAAGUAGCUCAAUUAUAUGCCAUUUUUAAAAGCUGUAUACAGGUAAUUAUUUGAGUUUUUCCAAGAUUAAAUGUCGAAAUGGCAAAAGAAGCGAAGGAAUUUUGCUUCAUGUAUAAUACAUUUGCAGCAAGACUUAAGGAUUUCUGCAGUUCGUGCUCAGAAUAUUAUGAAGGAGAAUUGCCGAUGUUUAGAGGAUUAAGAGAAGAUACGCUCCAUGGGAUCUCUGAGCAAGUAAAAGAACAAGAAAAUAUCAGAUAUAGCCAAAACUUGAUUUCUAUGUCUCCACCAAGCUCACCUCCUAAAAAGGCAGUGCAAACACCAGGGAAUCCAGUGAUAGUGCCUCAACAAGUUAUUCAGCCACAGUUUAUAGCACCUCAACCAAUGAUGUUUCCUACUGGACCGUAUUAUCCGGUGAUGAGCCCACAGUUUUCUCCUUAUAUGAUGCAGCAGCCAAUUAUGUACCCUCAUAUGAUGCCAUUAAUGCAAGCAAAUUCUCCUUUUCUAACUCCCCCCCCUCCGUGAGCUAACAAAACUAUUGGGAAAAUCGCUAUUUUUUGCCCAAAAACCCACCCUCCGUGAGCGAACAAAAAUUUUUUUUAAUAGAAAAAUUUUUUAUGAAAAACAAUUGAUAUAUAAAUGAUAAUUAGUAUAAUGAACUCUAGAGUAAUUCUGUUUAAUUAUAUAAAUAAAAUUAAUAUUUGCUUUCCAAUUUUUGCGAAUUAGGAUUUUUUUAAAAAAUUUCGAAAAAAAAAAAAUUUACUAUAAAAUUUAUAUAUAAAUUUUUUAAAAAAGAAAAAAUUAACCCCUCUAUGAGAGAACAAAAUUGUUUUGUUCACUCACUGAGGGGGGGGAGUAAGGAAAUAA